GACAGGACUGGUGGAUCACAAUCAGGCCGAACUGCAGUAUAAUUUUGCGGUGUAAAUAUACACGUGAUAUCAAGUUACCAUAAACUACCAUAAUGCACUAGCUGUAUUGUGGUUUGAAAGGAUAUUCUUUCUGCUAAACGAUUGAAAAGUAUUAAAAUUGUGUUGUCAACAGAUCAUGGCGAAACUGAGUUAUACAUCAACACCAAGAUCCGCUCCGUACAUUUACAAGACGUUUGUGGAUACUUUACGGGAACUAGCCGAAGAUGAACCAGACAGAACAGCGUUUGUAUUCUACGACCUUCAGCACGUCCGGUCAUCUCUUACUAGAAAAGAGCUACUGGACAAAGCCACCGAAUCUGCAAAGAAAUUUGUGAAAAUGGGCGUGGUAAAGGGGACCCACGUUGGUGUUUGUAUGAAUAAUUCGUUUGAGAUGUUGAUUCUGCAAACUGGCCUCAUGAUGGCAGGGGGAAUAGCGUUCUACUUUCAUACUAAUCUGAAAGACGGAAGUGACGUCAUCAAUAUGUUAAACGCACUCAAGGGAGAGUUGUUGAUAAUGGAUGCAAGCCCCGGUGACGUAAACUGGAAUAUUCUUGACCAGAUCUGGCCGACUAGACAAGAAAGAUGCUCCAUAAUUCCUUCUUUAAAAACUAUAAUGUUCAAUGGAAAUUGGGAUCCAGAAAUACAAUCGACGUCAAGAAAGAACGUUGCGGCGUUUUUUGCUGAAGAUAUCCCUGAGGGCGUUACGUUUCCCCAAAUUCAACCUGAAGAUACACUGGUGUACUUGUGUACGUCCGGAUCCACAGGGGUCCCAAAGGUGGUUAUGUACACGCAUUACAGUACCAUGAAUUGGACCAAGCAGACAAACGCCCGGCUUGGCAUAACCGGCCACAGCGUCUGGUUUUGUGAGCGCACCUUUAGCUGGGCGGUCGGCUACCCUCGGACGUACCUCACGGACGGGACUACCCGUGUUUUCGUAGAUACGCGGAUGACGGUUGCCGGCAAAGACGUGGGGUUCGUAGCUGAUAUUAUUGAGAAAGAGAGUUGCGACGCUGUAACACUCCCAGGUUACAUGGCAGUUGAUUUGACAGGUCGGCCAGAACUUGGACCAAAAUUUAAGAAUGUUAAAAUGAUUCAGUUAUUAGGCGAGCGAGUUCUUAAAGCUUCUGUCGAUAAGUUGCAAGAUAUUUUGAAAUGUAAUCAGAUUAUGUCAUACUAUGGAACGACCGAGCACGGAGCGAUUAGCAGUUACAUUACAAGCGUAAAUUCAGGCGAUUUCGAAGAUGGCAUCGUAGGAGAACCCUUAGAUGGAUUAGAGAUGAAAGUCGUGGACGAUAGUGGGUUGGUAGUCCCGGUCGGAACUUCAGGGGAAUUGCUCACCCGUGCGACUUGGAGGUUUGCCGGCUACUGGGGUUUAACGGAUCAGCCUUCGGGAGGAGCCGUCGAUGCCUUGGGAUGGUUCCAUACUGGCGACAUUGGGCAUAUGCGCAGCGACGGAAAUUUUGUCAUCGACGGUCGGCUUAGGGAGAUGGUGUCUAUAGGAUCAAUGAAGUUAUUUCCUUGGUCGAUUGAGAAGAUAUUGAAAACUCUCCCCGGAGUGGCUACAGCGUUCGCCGUCGGCGUUCCCGACAAACGUUUAAAGGAGGUCAUUUGCGCAUGCGUCGUCCCAAAACCGGAAUCUGGGCUGACGGCGGAGGAUUUAGAGAAGUUUUGCUCGGAGAAGUUUGUGCACGAAUCAACGGGACCGGUGGUCGGUCUAAAACCUAAAUAUCACGUGCUGUUGGAUAGCGUGCCUUUACUGGCAUCGGGGAAAGUAAACAGGAGAAAAAUAGCUGAAAUUGCCAAAGAAAAACUCGGACUAUCUGCUGCUUAAUUUACAAUUUUCUGAUCAAUUAAUCUAGAAUAAACAUCUUAACAUUAUUCGAUUAGCAUUACAAGUUCGUGAUUGUGAAGUUGAACGUAUUUUGUAGUUUUGAAGAUAUUGCACUGUUUUUUUUUUAAACUUCUUUAGCUUUACAGACCAAAGAAGCUUAUUUGUUCAGAUAAUGUUAUUCCUUUUACCUGAUUUUGAUUAAUAAAAAAGAAAGUGUUUUGUUAUUAUCA